AUGCCCAAAGACUGGACUGGCCAUAAGGCUGAGAUAACACGACUCUAUAUUGAGGAAGGAAAGACCCUGAACGAAGUAAGAGAAACCCUGACUACCAGAUAUGGAUUCAAGGCAUCUAUAAGAGCCUACCGCAUGAGAAUUGACGAAUGGUCUUUACGAAAAUACAAGUCCCGAGAAGAUGCACUUGAAGAAACUGAAGAACACGAAUCCGCUAAUCAGUCUCUUUCUGGAUCAGAGAUGCCCCCUCCGGAUGCUAAGCCAACAAAACUACGCAACAACGGCAAACUGAAGUUUGGUUCGAAUUGUUACAUCUCCGCAAGUCCGAUGGGAGCUGACGAGGUUCUGGCCUUGAUACAAGAGCCAGACGCCGCGCCAUACGCACUUGAGAUUUUACUCACAAAGUGGCAGGUAGGUGGCCGUUAUCUUGAUGCUCUUGGGACUGUUCUUCGAACGAACCAGCCUUCUUUCUUGGUCACGCGCUGUGCGAAAGACGGUCGCCCUCUUCUUUUUAAGCUGGUAGAAGAUUUUGUUCAUCAAUCAGAACAGAUUUUGGUCGGAAAGCUUCUCCUCGAGUCUCUCUUCUUGGGAACUGCAACAAAAAGACUCGCCGAGGUGGCUUGGCUUACAUCGUGGGAUGCAGCAUGCCAAUGCACCGACUGGUGUAGUGUGAAAGAGAUACUCUAUGACAGCAGUACGGUUUCGAUCAGUGCCGGAGAGCUGUUUCUGAAUAGUGCAAGAGCAGUUCUUGCUGACCAACUUCUUCGACGCUACAUUCAGCAACUCCGUGGGUUAAAAGCACGGAAUAUCUCGGAUCUUAAAAGCCCAGAGGAAGUACGUACCUAUCGACUUGAUCUCAUCUACUUGUUAGAAGAGUCUAGGGACUUGGACAUGGUUCUUCAGCCCACAAUUUACAAAUACGCCCCUGAGAUCAUCGAAAACGAUGAGUACGGGAAUUGGAUUCCAUACAGAAAGAACGAUCCACGAUAUAUUUCCCUUGCAAAUUGGUGUCGAUACAAAUAUCUUCAAAUGACGAGUGGGGGCCGAAUUCCUGAUGAUGCUAGUGAGGAUGUUAAAGAGCGAGAGUGGAUGAACACCUCUAACUACACCGAUCCACAAGGCCGUUCAGACACUGCUGUCGUCACAAACACUUAUGUCCAAGAGCCUCGUUCGAGUAGAAGCAAUGCUCAUGAGCUUAGACUUGUCACUUCACAACCCAAAACGCAGUUGUCCUCUAGAAACGGGACACUUGCCACUGAGACCUUACCAGAGGAAGAUUACGGCGGACACCCGGUGAUGAAAGCACUAAUGACCAAGUGGAAAUCCCUAAAAGGAUUCAAAUCAUACGUUCAUUCCAUACUCGCAGGAGAUUCAAACGGUGUCUUCAUUUUCGACCCCGCAUCCAGUGACAACGAAAAUCUGUUUGAUGUCAUAGACAAGCAUGUACCAAAGGACGAGCAGUUACCAGUGACUCAAGCUGUACUACUUGCAUGCUCUACCAUUAACAAGGAGGAAUGUUGGCGGCCAUGGACUUUGGAUUGGUGGCUCUCUUGCUUCCACACAACAAGUUGGGAUGAUUUAAGAACCAAGACGGAAACGGCACAGCUCGAGAGACAUCUGUGGCGGCCCAUAUCCUCCGCUGCGCUGAAGCUCCUUCUGGACGCUACCUACAGUCUUGUAGGAGAGCGUCUCCUGAAUGAGCUAAAGACUGUCAUGAUCUCGCUCCGCACAAGCCCGGGUUACAGUUCUUGUGGCGAUAACUCGGUACGAUACGACGAGCUCUUGAAGCAGUACAUUGCAAUCCUAGGGGCAUUCCGAGAACGCAGCCUGAAUGUCGAACCGGCCUGUCUAGCCCAUGCGCUGAAUGCCAUGGGGUAG